AUGAGAAACGCGAUUCUUCUCGCAGCCGGGUUGACGGCCGUCCGUCACGCGUCUGCCGCCUAUGACACGACAAUUUGCGGCAAGACAAAUAAGUUUACGAGCUCAGAUACCCAAUUCAUAUUCCAGUCAAAUGCCUGGAACCCGGUUGGAGAUGGCUCCUCAUGCGUAUCGGUUGACCAGUCCAUCCCGGCCUUCGACGCCAACUGGAACUGGGAAGAGGACAAGAACAAUGUCCACUCGUUCCCCCAUGUCCGCUUCAACUCGACAAAGCUGCCGACCAAGCUGAGCGCCAUCAAGACGAUGCGCCUGGCGACGCAAUGGACCAUGCGCAAAGGCAACCCCGACAACGACCCGCCCCGCGACUUCGCCGCCACCACCUGGGCGGAAAGCAAGGCGGAGCUCAACGGCGUCGUCGCCAAUGCCGCCUGGGACUUUUUUGUCGACAAGGACAAGACCAAGACGUACAACCCCAUUGACUCGGGGGCGGAGAUUAUGAUUUGGCUGGGUAAGGUCGGAAACCCGUACCCGCUGAUGGGAGAUUCCAUUCUCACCAAUAUCACCCUCGGCUCUACAGAGUUCUCCCUCUGGUUCGACACCAACCAACGUGACCAAAAGGUCUUCACCUGGGUUACGCGCGACGGCUCCGACGUCACUCAGUUCGACGAGGACAUUACGCCGCUGCUCAAGUUCGUGUUGGACUCUGGCGAGAUUGACGGCGAAUCGUGGCUCGGUCUGGUCGAGUUCGGCUCCGAGGCCUGGCACUCGCCGGAAAACAUCACCUUCAGCGCGGCUCACUUUAGCAUGGAGCUCGACAACGGCGACAGCGAUUCCAGCAGCGGCAAUGGGGGCAAAGACGAGAACGCGGCGGGCAGAGGCGCGCUGUCUACGCUGGGCUUGGGGUCGGCGUUGCUGCUGUCGCUGUGGGCUUUGACCAUGUAA